ACCAACUGCCUUUCCAUUCUUCAACCUUUUUAAAGCUGUUUAAAAGCUCUAGAAAUAUGUUUAUCUUCAUGAAAUUUGAUCAACUAAAUCUUGAGAAGAGAGAUCAAAAAUAUAAUUUUCUCUUCAAUGUUUCCAGGACUGAAGCAUAUGACUACUCAUAUUACAACAGUUUUGACCUGAUUGAACACCCAGAAUAUCACUACGGAGUCCACGGAAACUGUUUCUAUAAAGUACUCUAUUCCCUGUUCUUUGUGGUGGGCUUCCCUUUGCAAUGUGCUCGUAGUGUGGGUCAUCAUGUUGGGUGCUCAGCUGAAAAGCAUGUGUGCCUUCUGAACCUGGCCCUAGCUGACCUGCUCCUGGUCUUUACUCUUCCCUUUCUGGACUAUUAUGCUAACCAUAGCUGGAAUUUUAGGAAUGCUAUGUGCAAGAUUAUCCUCACCAUUUACUAUGUUGGGUUUUAUGGUGGCAUCUUCUUCACUGUGCUGAUGAGCACUGACAGAUAUUUAACUGUGGUCCACGCCGUGUUUGAUCUGAGGGUCAGAACCAAGGCAUACAGGAUUUCGGCCAGUGUAGUCAUCUGGAUCAUAGCUGUUGCAUCAUCUUUCCCUGAGCUGUGCUACCUUCAGGUCCAAGAAUACAAAGAAGUAGUACUUUGCUGUGCAUAUCCAAAACAUAAAACAGAAGCAUCGAAAGCCAUUGGCCUUUUUAAAAUGAAUGUUUUGGGCCUGCUGAUUCCACUGGGAUUCUGCUACUCAAUGGUGCUGCGGAGGCUCCUCACAGUUCGGGCAGCUAAGAAACAUGCUGUGUGUCUCGUCAUUGUGGUUGUGGUGGUCUUCUUCUGUUGCUGGACGCCAUACAACAUUGCAGUGUUCCUCAAAGGCCUGGAAGUCAUAGCUACAGAUUGCAAAGGCAGCAAGAAGAUUCUGUCGAGUCUCCAGAUCACUGAAGCUGUGGCAUACUUACACAGCUGCCUGAAUCCCUUCCUCUAUGUGUUCGUGGGAGAGAAGUUUAAGAGGCACCUCAUCAGGCUCCUAUGCUGCAUACCUUGCAUCAAGGUGAAGUUCAUGAAAGACUACCUGACCCAGGCAGCAGGGUCAGUAUAUUUGUAGACAACUAGUGUGGACAAGCGUUCAACUCAUUUAAGCAAGAGCUCUCAGAGACCCAAUUCAAUAUCUCACAUAAAUGAGUGUUCAUUGUAUGUGGUUUCAGAUGAGCUCCAUUUGUUAUAUUUUUACAGAAAUCCCUGUACAAACAAAACCAGCUGUAAU